CUUAAAAGAUGGAAGAGCAACAAGAGGAGAUGUUCCCAUUUAAACCCAGAAGUAUUUCAGUGUCCUGUGUGAGUGAUGUGAGGAUUCGCCUCAUGUCCGAGUUACUCAGUGUUUCUCCACACAGCAGCAGCGCGCGGGACGGUGCGCGUGUGGCUGUAACUGAAACAGUCGAACUGAAGUAGUUUAAUAUUCGGGUGAUGUUUUACUGCUGUCUGUGGACACAGGGUGGUGGGUCCUGCGGGAAUAUGGACUCGUACACUGUUGUGUUGUUGUUAAUGUUAACCGGGAUCCCUUCACCCUUCGCCCUCGGAGCUCUGCAGUCCUUCAUGCCAAAUGUGUGUGUGGAGCGAGAGAGAGUGAUUCAGGUGGAGAGACAGUCCUGUGUGCAGGCGUUCACUCGGAUGGUCAGAGUUUGGAAGCAAGGCUGCACCAAGGGAGACUGGUGUGUGGGCUAUGAGAGGAGGACUGUGUACUACACAGGAUACAGACAGGUGUACAAGCAGGAUUAUCAGACGUCGUACAGAUGCUGUCCUGGCUGGUCUCAGCUCAGCGGCGAGGCUGGCUGCCUGAACCAUAUCGAUGAGUGCCAGGUCCACAAUGGAGGCUGCCAGCACAGAUGUGUGAACACCAGAGGCUCCUACUACUGCGAGUGUAACCCAGGCUUUCGUCUACAUACUGAUGGCCGCACCUGUAUAGCUGUUCUCUCCUGUGCCAUCAGUAAUGGAGGCUGUGAACAGGAGUGUGUGCAGCUCUCUCCUGCCCGCUUCCAGUGCCGCUGCAGACACAACUACCAGCUCGCUGCUGACGGCAAACACUGCAAAUUGAGAAACCCCUGUGCGGAUAGGAAUGGAGGGUGUAUGCACACAUGCCGUAGUGUGGGCGGCCAUGCCCUGUGUGACUGCCACAGAGGCUACAGACUGGCUCGGGAUCAGAGGAGCUGUGAAGAUGUGGACGAAUGCGAGACUGGACAGGCUGGUUGUGCUCAUGAUUGCCGAAACAGUCCCGGUUCCUUCUCCUGCAUCUGCAACCCUGGAUAUGAGCUGGGUUCUGAGGGCAGGAAGUGCUACCGCAUUGAAAUGGAGAUAGUGAACAGUUGUGAGUCUGGAAAUGGAGGCUGCUCACACCACUGUCAGCAUGGCACACUGGGGCCUGUCUGUAGCUGUAACCAAGGUUACCAACUUGAUGAGGACCUCAAGACAUGUUUGGACUUGGAUGAAUGUGUGGAGGGGAGCUCAUGCUGUGAACAGGACUGCACCAACUACCCUGGAGGUUAUGAAUGCUACUGCAGGGCAGGAUACAGGCUCAACUCAGACGGCUGUGGCUGUGAUGAUGUAGAUGAGUGUCUGUCUGACAAUGGAGGCUGUGAACAUACAUGCCAGAACACAGCUGGGUCCUACCAGUGUUUCUGCCGCCUCGGACACCGCCUGGCUGAGGACAGGCACUCCUGUAUUCCUCUGGAGAGAGCGGUUGAAACACUGUCCAGUCGAUUGGUGGUGGAAAGACCAUUUCCACAGGUGACUCUGCUGCAGGACUACCCUCAGCCUCUGGAACGAUAUGACGAUUAUGAAGAGGAAACCUUUGGAGAGCUACGAGCAGAGAGCACCAUCACACAGAAGUUCGUAUGUCUGAAUGAGACGUUCGGCCACGACUGCAGUCUGUCAUGUGAUGACUGCUCUAACAGCGGAGUGUGUAACAUGGAGAGGAAUGGAUGCGACUGUCCUGAUGGCUGGACAGGCAUCAUCUGCAACCAGACCUGUCCUGAGGGCACAUUCGGCAGGAACUGCUCCUUCACCUGUAAGUGUAGGAAUGGGGCCACCUGUGAUCCAGUGAGUGGAAUCUGCCGCUGCCCACCAGGGGUCAGCGGAGACAUGUGCCAAGACGGCUGUCCUAAGGGUUUUUAUGGCAAGCACUGCAAUAAGAAGUGUAACUGUGCCAAUAAUGGACGCUGCCAUCGCACAUAUGGAGCCUGUCUCUGUGAUCCUGGCCUCUAUGGGAAAUUCUGCCAUCUACCAUGUCCUAGAUGGUCGUAUGGACCUGGCUGUUCUUCUGAGUGUCAUUGUGUACAGCAGAACACCCUGGAGUGCAACCGACGUUAUGGAAUAUGUGUGUGUAAACCCGGCUAUCAGGGCAGAACAUGCAGUGAGGAGUGUGACAGUGGUUACUAUGGCCUGGGUUGCAAGACAAAAUGCCGGUGUCCAUCAGGAGUGCCCUGCCAUCAUGCGACUGGAGAGUGCCAGUGCCCAGCUGGAAAGCAUGGCGAGAACUGUGACCAAGAAUGUCCAGAAGGGAAGUUUGGGGCUGGCUGUUCUGUGUCCUGUGACUGUAAUGGGGCAGCGUGUGAUUCAGUGACUGGACUCUGCCACUGUCCUGCUGGAACAACAGGAGAGCACUGUGGUAAAGAGUGUGAAGAGGGGCGCUGGGGCCUGGCCUGCGCAGAACCAUGUCCUGCCUGUGAGAAUGGAGGAAUGUGUGACAAGCAGAAUGGAACCUGUGUGUGUGAGCCAGGAUACACGGGAGAGCUCUGUCAGACUGUCUGUCCAGCUGGCUGGUUUGGUUUGGGCUGCCAGCUUCGGUGCUCUUGUGAGAACGAUGGCCGCUGCCAUCCUGUCUCAGGCCUGUGUGCGUGUAAGCCCGGCUGGACUGGAUUCAGCUGUGAGAAGGUGUGUGAGCCGGGGCGCUGGGGAGUGGACUGUGCUAGUGUGUGUAACUGUACGAGCCAUGCAACAAGCUGUGAUGCAGUGACAGGACAGUGCCACUGCGAGGCUGGCUACACUGGAACCCACUGUGAGCAGAAGUGUCCCGAGGGUUAUUUCGGGCCAGGCUGCCGCCACCAAUGCCAGUGUGAAAAUGGUGCAGUUUGUGAACCUGUGGGUGGAGCUUGCACAUGCUUGCCAGGCUGGACUGGGACAUAUGAAAAAUCCUGUCCACAGGGUUUCUACGGUCUAGAGUGUCAUCAGAAGUGUGAAUGUCUAAAUGGUGGCCAGUGUCACCAUGUGACAGGAACCUGUGUGUGUCCAGCUGGCUGGCUUGGUCUCCACUGCACCUCCAAAUGUCAGGCUGGCAUGUACGGCCUUGGCUGCCAGCAGAGCUGUAACUGCUAUCAUGGUGCCAGUUGUGACCCCACCAAUGGGCAGUGCCACUGUGGGGCAGGCUGGACUGGGCCAAGCUGUGAGCAAGAAUGCUCGGCUGGCUUCUAUGGGGUCGGCUGCCGCCAGCGGUGCCUGUGCCAGAAUGGUGGGUUAUGUGACAGGAUCACCGGGCACUGCAUCUGUCCCAGUGGAUGGACGGGGGUUGCGUGUGAACUUGAGUGUGCUCCAGGCCGCUACGGUCCUGACUGCCAGCACACAUGCGAGUGUGAGAACGAGGGUGUGUGUGACCGGCAGGAUGGAAAGUGCUCGUGUCCAGCAGGCUGGGUGGGCCAGCGGUGUGAAACAGCGUGUGAAGCAGGGCUGUUUGGUCCUGGCUGUCAGAAACGGUGCACAUGUGAGCAUGGAGCUGCCUGUGACCACAUCACUGGGACAUGUUUGUGCCCCCCAGGGUGGAGAGGAGUCCGCUGUGAGAAAACCUGUUUGCCUGGCUCUUAUGGGGAAAGAUGCUCUCAGAGCUGCCUGUGUCCUCAUGGCACCUCCUGUAACCACGUGACGGGCGAAUGCGGCUGCCCUCCCGGCUUCACGGGCAACGGCUGUGAGCGGACUUGUCAGCCCGGGACGUACGGGUUAAACUGCAAUCAGGUGUGUCAGUGUUCAGAGGCCAACCAACUCUGUCAUCCUGUCACUGGACUGUGUUACUGUGCGCCGGGCUACCGUGGCGACAAGUGUGACACAGAGUGUGAGAAGGGUCGUUACGGACCUAACUGUGAGCGUGAAUGCCAGUGCCUUAAUGGCGGAGUGUGUCAGGCCACCAGCGGCACUUGUGUCUGCCCUCCAGGAUACAUCGGAGCAGACUGCAAUAUCACGUGUCCAGCUGGGUGGUAUGGGCAGGACUGUAUGCGGGUGGCUCUGUGUGGAGAUGGGGCCAGGAGUGAUCCGGUUACAGGCCGAUGUGUGUGCAAAGCCGGCCAGCGAGGAGAGGACUGUGGACAAGGCUGUGCUCAGGGCUGGUUUGGAGAGGACUGUGCUGAGCGCUGUAACUGCAGUAAUGGAGCAGUGUGUGAUCCAGUGACAGGAAACUGCACAUGUAGCUUGGGCUGGACUGGAGACAACUGUGAUGCAGAGUGUCCCAGAGGCAGGUAUGGAGCUAAUUGCUACCAGCAAUGCGACUGCAAGAACAAUGGUACAUGUGACAGGGUGACAGGAGAGUGUCAGUGUGCUCCGGGAUACUAUGGUCAUCUCUGCCAACAUGCUUGCCCUCCUGGUUUCCAUGGACACCGUUGCCAGCAUCUUUGCGAAUGCCACAGCAAGGCCCAGUGUGAGCCCAGCACUGGCCGCUGUCUCUGUCCACCAGGUUACCAAGGAGACCGCUGUGAGAGAGACUGUGAGCAGGGCCGGUUUGGGCCCGACUGCGCUAACACAUGUGACUGUGAUGGAGACACACCAUGUGACCCUGUGAGCGGCAGAUGUCUUUGUGCACCAGGAAAGAUGGGAACCCGCUGUGAUAUCACCUGUGCACUGAAUCGCUACGGUCCGGAAUGUUCGGAAAGCUGUGAGUGCACACAUGGAGCACAGUGUAAUCCACGGAACGGGCAGUGCACGUGUCCAAACGGCUGGAUGGGACCAAGCUGUUUAGAGGGCAGCAUUCUUACAUCUGCUCAUCAGCUUCACAGAAGCAAAAAGAAGGAUCAAACACGACUCAGCUCGCCAGUAUAACAGCUGCAAAAAUGACCCUUUACCUUAAUGACCAUUUAGCCUUGCAGCAAGCCAAACAAGUGCACUACAAACUUUCUCCACAAUGGAAACAUGUUUAUUCAGUACC